CUUCCCUGCUGCAGGCGGGGAGGGCGAGACGAGUGCCGGGGCGGGGGGCAGGCAUCCUGCCGAGCUCGGGGUGCUGGGUACCACCAGCCCCACCGCCAUGGCCUGGGCUGGGGAAGGCGCCGCACAGCUCGCAGCCAUCCUGGAGUCAGAAAGCAGCGAGGAGGAGGAGGAGGAGGAGGAGGAGGAAGAAGAGGCAGCUAUGGUGCAGCAGCAUCAGCCCCUUGGCCAGGAGGUGGGCGAAGCGGAGGAGCGCCUGGCUGAGCUCGAGCAAGCGUCGCAGGCGCUGCUGGCCGAGCUCGCGGCGCUGGAAACCGAGUUUGAGAUCGAGAGGACGUGCCGGCAGCGAGCCGAAUCCUACGCAGCCCAGGUGAAGCAGGAGAACAAGCAACUGAAGCGGCUCAGCCUGGCCCCAACGGCCCCCCCAGCCCUGCCCAAGGAGGUGCCCCCCGAGGAGGACCCCGACCCUGCCCAGCACUACGGGCAGCAGCUUGAGGAUCUGCAGGAGAAGAUCUCCUGGCUGCUGGCGCAGCGGAAGGAUCUCACCAUCCAGGUGCAGGAGCUGCAGAGGCAGAACCAGGACCUGCAGAACCAGCUGGAGAUGGGGCAGGGGGAGCGGCAGCGCCUGCGGGCAGCCCUGGGCACCAGCCAGCGGGCACUGAAGUCCUUCAAGAAAGUGUCCCAGAUCGUCACCCAGGAUUACUGCGAGGCGGUGCAGCAGCUGGAGCUGGAGCAGGACCUGCGCCUGCAAGCCGAAGUCUUCGCCCAUGAGAUGCUGGUGCAAAAGAAGGAGGCGAACAGGCAGAGCAUGAUCCUGCUGCAGAGCUCGGAGCCCAGCGCCCAGCUGCUGGCAGCCCUGCAGGAGGUGGGACGCCUGACCCGGGCGCUGGAGGAGGCCAGGCAGGAGCAGCAGCAGCGGGUGAAGGAGCUGGAGGAGCAACUGGGGAGGCGGCCGGAGCCGGAGGAGCUGGAUCUGGCCCGAGCUGCUCUGGCCGUGGCAGAAGACGAGAAGCUGCAGCUGAGAAAGCGGCUGCAGGAGGCUGAGAAGCGGCUGGCAGGGCUGGAGGAGGAAGUGGGCUCGCUGCAGGAGAAGCUGGGCCAGGACCCACCGCCACAGAGCCGGACCCCCGAGCCGGCUGCACCCGUGCCGCCGCCGCCGCCGCCGCUGCCACCGCCUGUGCCCACUGUCCCCGUGGACCCGCUCUCGGCGAUCAGGCAGAGGAAAGGGCUGGCAAACCUGCAGCGCAGCAAGCCAGAAGCUGAUGAUGCCAAAGCUCGAGCCGUGCAGGAGAUGAUGGAGCGGAUAAAGCACGGGGUGGUCCUGAGGCCCGCCAAGGAGCGGGACCCCCGGGUGCAGGGUCCGGCGGAGGCGGCCGGCAAGCGGAGGAGCGCGGUGCUGGAGCUGCAGGGCAUCCUGGGUGCCAUGAGGAGGGCGAGCAGGAGGCCCAGCAGGCGGCAAAGCAGCCUGAAGGGCAAGGACAGGCAGCUGGAGUCCAUCCUGCAGCGGCGACGCCGGGCGGUGGAUGCCUCCGCACCCACGCUGCCCGCCCCGUCGCCCACCCCCGGCCCCCCGCAGCGGGACCAUGAGGAUGCUGAGGCUGCGGGGAGGCUGGAUCCUGGGGACAAGGACAUCGGCACGGCUCCAUCCGGGCACUCGCCGGGGAGCGGGGAUGGGGUCCCAUUCAGACCCCGGUUGGUGGGUGGUCUCCCCAGGACCCGGCCCCUCGCCCACCUGGCCAGAGGCAGGGGGGAGCCAGGGUAGAGGCAGCUCCCCCCCCCCCCGCUCCCCUUCGCCCAGGACCGCUGGAGCCACAUGGUCAUGGUGGGGCGAGGAGGUGGCAUGGUGGUGGUGACGGCUGCUGCAAGCUUUCACCCUCGUUUUCCAGCAGCUCGCAUCCUCUUGUGCUUUAAUUAAAGCUGUUGUCACCGGA